GGUGAUGGGGGAGAGAUACAAAAGGAGAAUCCCCAAAUCCAUCCAUUUCAGAAAAAAUGGCUCAAUCUGGUGGAGAACAUACAAGAACGACACCUACUGCCACCCCAACUAAGGAACAACUUCUUCGAGCAGUUGAUUCUCAAAAAUGGUCACCACAGGGCUCACCUUCAUUCAAGGAUCAGGAUUCAGAGGACAAUAACGGCAACCAUCAUCCCAAGAAAUCUGUUCUUACAAAAGUCAAGGAGAAGGCUAGAAAGUUAAGGAAAAGUCUCAGCAAAAAGAAGCACAGUGAUGUAGAUGACAACACACCCUCUCCGGAUGUUAGAUUUGAAGAUUUGGUGGCAGAUGAAGAAGAAGAUCCUGAAUAUCUUGGUGCUCCAAUGUAUGAAUCUGAAUUGGCCCCAGAAAGGUACAAGGUAACUGCAAUGCAGAGUCCAAGGGAUCUCACAGUAAUCCCGGAGAACCAUGCAAAGCCAGGUCAUACCAAUCUUGACAUGGAACAGGAGAAAGAUCAGAAGCCGCCUGGUCAGAACAAUACAUUAGCCGAAGCCACGACAGAACCAGUAGCAGAUGCAAUUCAUGAUAUUGCCACAAAGAUUCAAACCGGGCUAACUGUUGCAGUUGGGGGACCUGCUCCUAAUGCUGCUCAUGGAACUGAUAAGGAGGCUACAGAAGAAUCUAGUAAAUCUACUACUGCUAGUAAUGAAAACGAGGAGGCUCAGAAGAAAUUGGAUAAAGCUAAUUCUUCCAGAGAGAAAAUAUGGGACAAAGGUGUUUCAGUAAAAGAGUAUAUAAUGAACAAGUUUGAGCCUGGGGAAGAUGAGAAAGCACUUUCUCAGGUAAUAUCUCAAGCAAUGAGCCCAAGAAGUCCUAGUGAUGUGGUAGGAAAGGUGAAAGAAGCCAUGAACUCUUUCCUCUGGAGUGAGAAGCCUGCCCAAUCUAAUGACAAUAUCUCACAUUCAGCUUCCAACUCCUUAACUAAUAUUCCUGUCUCUACAAAUGCCGAAGAAGUUAUGGAGGAAGAAAGCCGUGGAAGAAUUCUCCAAACCAACUAAAAAAUGCAAUUCAAGUGCUGAUCAGGAAAAUGUUACCUGGACUGUGUGUUCUGUUUAUUUUGUAUGAUUUGUUUUUGAAGCUACAAAAUCUAUUUGUCUAGUACUAAGACGUGCAAUUCUAAUCUAGUACUACAUAGAAGAUAAUAAAGCAGCUUUGUGAACAAUGUUGUACAUAGUCAUAGGCUGCUCCCUCAAGUUGAAUGUUCAGGAAAGCUGAAUUUUUCUAAUCUAGCUUAGUACAAUAGUUUUUGUAAACAAUCUGCUUUUCCUGAGUUCAUUCACAUCAAUCCUUUCAUUUGCAUUUCAUUUGCCGUUCAAUACAGCCUCAUUUCAUCAGCAUUUGCAGCUUAGCUUGCUGCACUUUGCUGCUACUGUGCUGUUGGUGCAGCUCUCCCUUUUUCAUUUGCUGCCAUUUUGUGCAGCCUUUCAUUUUUAUUUGCUGCCACUUGUGCAGCUUUGACACCACAACUCCAACAAUUUGUACUAUUUGUUUGUAAUUAUAUGCAAGUGGUUGAGGCUAAUUGAAAGCAACUACAGACUUUAGAAAGCCAGAUUCCUUUUUCUUUUGAACUUAUCCUCCCUAAACCCAUUUUCUCUGCAUCUUUUUUUUUUUCCAGCCUCUCCUCUGCACUUUUUCUCCUUUGGUUGCCGAGUAGGAUGUGUGGGAUGUACCCUCCAGUGAAAUCUCUUUCAACUUCGACUGGUUGUUUGAGUUUAGUGCUUUGAUUUCCAAGUAAGUAUGAGUUUUUGUUAUAAAUUUGGGUUAGAGUUGGGUAGAUUACAGAUUUAUCAUAAUAUACUAGAAAUUAGUUUAAAUUAGGAGUUUUGACCCCAGAUCUGUAGUUUGGGAGAUUUUUGGACAGUAGAAAUUGUGUUAGAAAUAUAAGAUAUUGUGGGGC